AUGCAUUUGAGGGGCGUGGAAUGUUUUUCAAAGCGGAUCGAGGCUUUGUUAGAAGAGAAUAAGGCGUUGGAGGAUCAGGUGGAGAUAAGGCGGAGCCAGUUAGAGGUGAGGGAGCUAAGGAGAAUGGCGGUAGAGGAGGAUGUGGCGUGGCUCCUGCAGAAGGGAAUUGUUCGUGUUGUAGACAAAGUGGUUGAGAGUGCCAAAUUUUCUUUGGGCGCUAGGCGUAUGAAGACAACGUACAUGGCUGUUUGGGUGGAGCAUGGGAAACAAGUGAUUAGGGAGCCGAUUUCCCUCAAAAAGUUCGUAACUAGUAAAUCGAGUGCCCUUCCGGAACUCACUAAAGGGAAGCAUGUUGAGCUGAAGUCUUUUCUUGAGAUAGAUUUUUCCUCCUACCUCCGCCUUGGCGAGCUUGACAUGAAGGAUCUUCGCCAGCUAUGUAGCGACCCUAAUGUUGAAGAAGAACAUCCUAAGGGUAGCACUUUUGGGGUUGGUCCUUCCUCCACUCCUCCUGGUAUGUAA